ACUAAUUAACAAACAAUACAUUUCGUGAUGAAAAUUUCGCAGGAUCUAAAAAGAAUAAGUUCUUUUGUUUUUGCCUUUUACAAAACAGGACCAUUGUUUCCUUUGAAUGAACGACCAUUUAUAUUUUAUCUUUCUUAUCUUUUCUUCUUUGCCUUGUUAAGAGAGAGAGAUAGAUUUUUUUGUUAUUAUUAUUAUUUAAUAUUCUUUUCUCAUUCUCUUAUUUCGAAUAAUAUUGUAUAUUCAUUUUCUUCAAUGUACAGCUUUAUUUAGUAAAUACAAUAAUGCCAGCCACAUAAUUCCUUCUUUAAUUAAGAUCUACUUUAUAUAUUCACAUGUUAUCGAUUGUUGUAAUGAACAUUGAUGGAUAUAUUAUUAUUAAUGAUUUUAGUAUCGGGUUACGGGAAUAUCUUAAAAAAGAAUAUGGAUUAUUUACUAUAUUGUGACCGGAUUAUUCAUUUGAAAUUUUCGGCCUUUACUUUUUUUAAAAAAAUAUUAUAUAUUAACAAUUGAUUUAAUUCCGCAGUAGCUUAUUUUGUAUUACACUUGAAAAUGUACU